UCAGAGGCUGCGAGCGGAAGUGGGUUGCUGGAGUGUUCCGCCAUUGUAUGUGUGUGUGAGGGAGAGGGAGUCAGUCAGUCAGUGUGUCGUGGAGAGGAAGCCGGAGCAGCGCCGGGGAGGGCGAGAAAAGGCACACACGGCGGGGAUUAAACACACCGCGGCGCCGUCCACCACCGCCACCUGCUGCUGCUGCUGCUGGGCCUUUGACCUGUCUGGGCCGGUGUCGCCUCAGGCUGGUGCUGGGAGCGCGGGUUGAAGAGGAUUCGGCCGAGCCCGGAGGCCGAGCCCCCUGCCCCCCGCCCGCCGCCCGCCGCCCGCCCGCCCUUUGAUGAAGAAUGUCUGCUACCAGCGUGGAUCAGAGACCGAAAGGCCAGGGAAGUAAAGUUCAGAACGGUUCGAUGCAUCAAAAAGACACAGUGAAUGAUGAUGAUUUUGAACCUUAUUUAACCAGCCAGACGAAUCAGAGCAACAGCUACCCACCAAUGUCCGAUCCUUACAUGCCCAGUUAUUAUGCUCCUUCCAUUGGAUUUCCUUAUUCACUUGGUGAAGCUCCCUGGUCAACAGGGGGAGAUCCUCCAAUGCCAUACUUAACAACGUAUGGACAGAUGAGCAAUGGUGAGCAUCACUUUAUACCAGACGGUGUAUUUAGUCAGCCUGGGGCCUUGGGGAGCACCCCACCAUUUUUGAAUCAACAUGGAUUUAACUUUUUUCCUGGGAAUGCAGACUUUUCUACUUGGGGAGCAAGUGGAUCUCAAGGACAGUCAACCCAAAGUUCUGCAUACAGUAACAGCUAUGGAUAUCCACCUAGUUCACUUGGAAGAGCCAUAGCUGAUGGGCAGGCUGGAUUUGGCAAUGAUUCUUUGAGCAAGGUGCCUGGCAUAAAUAGCAUUGAACAAGGCAUGACUGGACUGAAGAUCGGAGGAGAUAUGACAACAGCUGUCACUAAAACUGUAGGUUCUGCUCUUAGUAGUACAGGUAUGUGCAGUAGCAUUGUUGCUAAUAGCACCCCAGCAACGAGCACUUCAGCACCUAAACCUACAUCAUGGGCUGCUAUUGCGAGGAAACCAGCAAAGCCUCAGCCAAAAUUAAAGCCUAAGACUAACAUGGGACUAGGUGGACCUGCAGUACCACCACCGCCUAUAAAACACAACAUGAAUAUUGGAACUUGGGAAGACAAAGGCAAUGUGCCCAAAGUCCCAUCUGUACAGCAAGUUAUGCCUCCUCCAGUUGUUGUUCAGCAGCAUCAGCUUCCCCAGCAACCAAUUGCUAUUCAGACCCAUCCAACAAAUCAGCAACAACCACAGAAUCCAGGACCUCAACCGUCACAGUCUCAAGGUCAGCAGCAGCCACAAAAUCGUUGGGUGGCUCCUCGCAAUCGGGGAGCUAGCUUUAAUCAGACCAGUGGAGCAAGUAGUGAGAGUUUUGUGUUGGGUAUAGCGUCAUUAAGCACUUCACCGUCAGGAGGAGAAGUACAUCCUGUAUUGGAAAAAUUAAAGGGCUUACAUAAUUACAACCCCAAAGAUUUUGACUGGAGUCUGAAGACAGGUCGAGUAUUUAUAAUUAAAAGCUAUUCUGAGGACGAUAUACACCGUUCUAUCAAAUACUCUAUUUGGUGCAGUACUGAACAUGGUAAUAAACGUUUGGAUGCUGCUUUUCGCUCCUUGAAUGGUAAAGGACCACUCUAUUUACUCUUUAGUGUAAAUGGGAGUGGACAUUUUUGUGGAGUGGCUGAGAUGAAGUCAGCAGUGGACUAUAAUGCUUUUGCUGGAGUUUGGUCACAGGAUAAAUGGAAGGGCAAGUUUGAAGUUAAGUGGAUCUUUGUGAAAGAUGUACCCAAUAACCAGCUUCGGCAUAUUCGAUUGGAAAACAAUGAUAACAAACCAGUUACCAAUUCAAGGGACACACAGGAGGUGCCCCUGGAAAAAGCCAAGCAAGUGCUUAAAAUAAUUGCUACUUACAAGCAUACCACUUCAAUCUUUGAUGACUUUGCACAUUAUGAAAAGCGUCAAGAGGAGGAGGAAGCCAUACGUAGAGAACGGAAUAGAAGCAAAUAGUAACUGAAAGGACAUGCUGUACCAGAGUUACAACACUAAAGACACAAAUCUUGGAAAUUUGCUAGUAUCUUCCAGGAGCCAUGGUUAUUGGAACUUUACUGCUCAAGGCGACCUCUUUUAAACACUUGAACACAAGAUUGGCUUUCCCUGUUAGUUCUCAUUGCAGCAUUUGCCCUUAUACCGUUGUCUCACAAAACACAUUUGAGCGCUAUAUUUCAAGCACUUUCUGCCUUCCUAAAGCUUUUUAAUCAAUAACUGUCUUUAUAAACUCAACCUCUCUGUUGAAAUCCAGAAAUUGAGUGAAUGUGAGAAACCAAUUAAUUUUUUUGGAUUUGUUUAAUACUAACAAUUAAUGAGUGUAGUUUGGUCAAUGAUCUGAGAUUUCACGAUGCUUAGCUCUUCAACAUACUAUUUUUCUGUUGUAAGUUUCAUUUCUAAAUUAAUUUUAGCUCUGCAGAAACCAUUUGGAUAUCAUGUAAUUUUUAGUUUAAACUAAUCUAGUAUAUUGCCUAUGUGAAAAUUAUUGUAGUAAAUAAAGUGAAUAAAUGGAAUUAAUAUUUUGCCAAAUGUGAAACAAACCAGAAGUUAUGCAAAAUUCUUCCCCAAAUUAUUCUUGGUUCUGAAAUAUAAUUUUUAAAAAUGUAUGUGCAACCAGUGAAAUGCAAUGCUUUCUUUAUUGUACUAUGUAUUACAUAGGUUUCAGAAAAGUGCAUUUGUCUAUGGAGGAGAUGCUAGAUGUUUGAUACAAACAUUGAUGACACUGUCCUAAGUAAAUGUACCUCAGUUUGAUUUAACUUUUUAGACUUCUGUAAUGUCUUUUAAAUACAACUUCCUACCUUUUGAAUGUUUGCCUUUCUGGCAGAUUAUUAUCAUGGAAGUGGAAAAUUUUCUCCUCUAGGUGAUUCACUAGCUUAAUAAAUCCAAUACUUGUUUAGCAAGUGUUAUGGUAUGAGUUAAUUUGCAAUGUUUCGCAUUUUCAUACUACUUUACAGAAAAUCAACCAACUUAGGAGACACUGAACCCGUAGACUCCUGUUUACGUCAACCACUAUAUUGACACUCUGACGUAAUUGCCUUAAUUUAUAAUAUGUAUGUUCAGUAGGUAUCAAUAGCCUAAUUAAUAGAAAAUUGACUUUUUAUAAGCACAGAGCUUAAAAUUACUGUUUGUAUUUUAAAGGCUAUUUAACUUAUUUUAGCACACUAUUUUUCAAUGUAUUUAAAUUUGGCAGUAUCCUAAUGUGGUCUUGUAGUUGUGUGUUUAUAAUAUCCAGGAUCAUUUAAAUCUUCCACAUUAGAGGAGCAGUGCAUAUUUAGAAUUUAUCAUCCCCAAGUAGUUGCAUUGUGUACAUGAAGUCUAAGUAACAAAUGGCUUAUUUGCUUUUUAGUCCUGCAUAUAUUAAAACUAAAUGAACUAGUAUAAAGACAACUGAGUGUAAAUUUGCAUUGAUAUGUAUAACUUCUAUGCAUUUAUUUUAUGGAGUUCCCUGAUUGCAGUCUCAUAGUUGUGAUUUUUGUUUUCUCUCACAAUUCACCACUUGUACUGAUAUGAGUUAGUACUGUACUGACUAAAAUAGUUGCCUUUUGAUCUACUACUUGGUCUUCUGGCAACAAUAGAUUUUUUUCUAAAUUAGUAUAAUUUCCCUCCUAUUUCGUAGAUCAUUUGUCCUAAUUGAUAGACUGCAAGUGUUUGCGACAAAGUGUAAAUUCCUGAAAGCUUUCAUGAGCUUUUUGAAGCUCUUUUAUUACCUAUAAAAAUUGCAUGCACUUUUGUCUCUCGCUCUGUAUGUUGCAUGGAGUAAUGCAUCUUUUCCUGAUCUCUCUAAAGUAAUUAUCCAUAUAGCUGUCUUUAAAUGAUUGACAGCAAAAUAAUAUUCACCUGGGAGCUUUAGCAUUGCAAUUUGUUUCCGUGUUUUCAAAAUACAGUGUACUUUGGUCGAGUUAAUUUAACUUGAAUGCUGAUCUACUUCAGUUGAAGUUUUUAAACUGUAGGCCUGUGAAAGAAAAUUGAAGUAGAAUGCAGAGUAAGAAAUAUAUCAUGAUUAAAUGAAAUGAAGGUAUUGCAUGAAUAGGAAAAAAAAGUUCUUUGAUUUGGAAAACAGUAGCAUUUUUAUCUGAUUUAUUGUAUAACAGUGUCAAAUUUGGAGGUCUACCUGCAUCCUGAUGGGCCUCGUUAUGCUAAUAAACUUCUGGUAUAACUUGAUUUGUUCAGUAAAAGUAAUUUAGGAACAGAUUUACAAAACUGAACUCAUUAUUCAGGCCAUUAUCCAGGAAACAGUAUUGCAAUCAAAUAUAAAUCGCAUAAUGUUUAAAAGAUCUAUUUCUGAUAUUUCUUAUACAAAACUUGAUUAAUAGCUGGCCUCCUAUUGUUCUACUUUUAAAAAUAUGCUGUUUUCUGUUUGCAUUAAUAAGCCAUAAUUUACAUGUUACUCCAUUUACUUUAUCUUCCCACUCAUCAUUGGUCACUUUCCA